GUUUGGAUUGGACCACGAAACCCUAGAUUCUCCUUUGCAUCUCUCUCUCUCUCUCUCUCUCUCUCUCUCUCUCUCUCAUCUCGCUGCUUCAAUCGGUUCCCUCUCCUCGAGAGAGAACGCCACUUUUUAGGUCUAAUCCAAUCCCCAUUACACUCAGAAAAAUGUCGACGAAUACUGAGGGAGGAGGAAGGAGCUAUGCUCGGCGAGACCUACUUCUCAAGAUACAAUCAGAAAUCCAAAAUUACUGGGAAGAAAACAAAAUCUUCGAGGCCGAACCCGGUGUUAAACCUCCUGAGCCGGGCGAGAAGUUCUUCGGCAACUUCCCAUACCCCUACAUGAAUGGCCUGCUCCAUUUGGGCCACGCCUUCACUCUUUCUAAGCUUGAGUUUGGAGCCGCCUACCACCGCCUACGUGGCUGUAACGUUCUAUUGCCUUUCGCUUUCCACUGCACGGGAAUGCCUAUCAAAGCAUCGGCCGACAAACUUAAAAGAGAAAUCGAACAGCAUGGAAACCCUCCUGUUUUCCCCUCAUUAGAGGAGUUGACUAUUGAAGUUGAAGAGAGUGAUAAUGUGUCUGCGGCUACGCCCGAUAAGUUUAAGAGCAAGAGGUCUAAAGCUGCUGCUAAGUCUAGCGGGGAUAAGUCGCAGUGGGAAAUUAUGAGAAGUUUCGGCCUUUCCGACGAAGAGAUCGCUAAGUUUCAAGACCCGUAUCAUUGGCUUAAACACUUCCCCCCGCUGGCUAAAGAGGAUCUCAAGGCCUUUGGGCUAGGCUGCGAUUGGAGGCGCUCUUUUAUAACGACUGACAUGAACCCGUUCUACGAUUCCUUUGUUAGGUGGCAGAUGAAUAAGUUAAAGAACAUGGGUAAGAUCGUAAAGGAUAUGAGAUACACUAUUUAUUCACCGUUGGAUGGCCAACCUUGCGCUGAUCACGAUAGAGCCUCUGGCGAAGGAGUUCAACCUCAAGAAUAUGUAUUGAUUAAGAUGGAGGUGAUCCCUCCUUUUCCAGCCAAGUUGAAGGCUUUGGAGGGUAGAAAAGUCUUCUUGGCGGCAGCUACGUUGAGGCCCGAGACAAUGUAUGGGCAGACUAACUGUUGGGUAUUGCCGGAUGGGAAUUACGGAGCUUUCGAGAUCAAUGAUACCGACGUUUUCAUCCUCACUGAGAGGGCUGCGUUGAACUUAGCUUAUCAGAAGCUGUCGAAAGUCCCUGAGAAGCUGAGCUGUUUGCUUAAGCUCUCUGGUCAUGACCUUAUUGGCUUGCCGUUAAGUUCUCCUCUUGCUUUUAAUGAAGUGAUAUACUCACUUCCUAUGCUAACUAUAUUAACUGAUAAGGGUACGGGCAUUGUUACGAGUGUUCCGAGUGACUCGCCAGAUGACUACAUGGCUUUAAAGGAUUUAGUAUCUAAACCGGCCUUACGAGAAAAGUAUGGCGUUAAAGAUGAGUGGGUUCUGCCUUAUGAGGUCGUGCCCAUAAUAAAUAUUCCGGAGUUCGGAGAUAAAUCGGCGGAAAAGGUGUGUAUCGAUCUUAAGAUCAAGAGCCAGAAUGAUAAGGAGAAACUCGCAGAGGCGAAGAGACUGACUUAUUUGAAAGGCUUUACGGAUGGUAGUAUGUUAGUAGGAGAAUUCCAAGGGAGAAAGGUUCAAGAAGCGAAGCCGCUUAUAAAGAACAAAUUGUUGGAAGCUGGAAUGGCCGUGCUGUACAGUGAGCCUGAAAAGAAAGUUAUGUCGAGAUCCGGUGAUGAGUGUGUCGUGGCGCUUACGGAUCAAUGGUACAUAACUUAUGGGGAGGUGGAGUGGAAGGAGAAGGCAAUGGAGUGCCUAGAGAAAAUGAAUACUUUUUCUACCGAGACCCGAAAUGGCUUCGAGCAUACAUUGAGCUGGCUAAAUCAGUGGGCUUGCUCACGGUCUUUCGGGCUCGGGACUCGAAUUCCUUGGGACGAGCAGUUUCUCGUCGAAUCGCUUUCUGAUUCGACCCUUUACAUGGCUUAUUACACUAUUGCGCAUGUCUUGCAAAAUGGCGAUAUGUAUGGAUCAAAUGCUUCUUCAGUUAGACCAGAGCAGAUGACAGAUGAGGUAUGGGAUUAUAUCUUCUGCGACGGCCCAGUUCCGAAAUCUGAGAUUUCUCCUGCUCUUCUAAGUAAAAUGAAGAAAGAAUUCGAGUAUUGGUAUCCGUUUGAUCUUAGGGUUUCAGGGAAAGAUCUCAUUCAGAACCAUCUAACAUUUUGCAUAUAUAACCAUACAGCGCUUCUCCCGAAGCACUUAUGGCCCCGAGGGUUCCGUUGCAACGGGCAUCUUAUGCUUAACUCCGAGAAAAUGUCCAAGUCUACCGGAAACUUCCGCACACUUCGCCAGGCCAUAGAGGAAUUCUCCUCUGACGCCACUCGGUUCUCUCUCGCAGAUGCUGGCGACGGGAUGGACGAUGCGAACUUCGUCUUCGAGACAGCAAAUGCCGCGAUUUUGAGGCUGACUAAAGAAAUUGCCUGGAUGGAAGAGGUGCUUUCUGUCGAGUCUUCUUUGCGAGCCGGCCCCCCAUCGUCUUAUGCUGACCGGGUUUUCGCCAAUGAGAUGAAUUUCGCGGUGGUGGAAACCGAGAAAAGUUACAACAACUUCAUGUUUAGAGAAGCUUUGAAAACCGGGUUUUACGACCUUCAAGCUGCGAGAGAUGAGUACAGAUUUUCGUGCGGGGCGGGAGGUAUGAAUAAGGAAUUGUUGUUCCGGUUUAUGGAUGUUCAGACCAGGCUUAUCACCCCGAUUUGUCCACAUUACGCGGAACAUGUGUGGAAAAAUAUAUUGAAAAAUGACGGGUUUAUAGUAAGAGCCGGUUGGCCAUUUGCAGAACCCCCGAAUCAAACGCUACGAAUCGCCAACAAGUAUUUACAGGACUCUAUUGUUUUGAUGAGAAAGCUGCUUCAGAAGCAGGAAUCGGGUCCGAAAAAGGCUAAGAAGGGUGCUUCUGCUGCUCCUGCUGAAGAGAACAAACUGACCGUCGGGCUUAUUUUCGUGAACGAGCGAUACGAUGGUUGGAAAGAAGAAUGCUUGAGGAUACUACGAAGCAAAUUCGAUGACACAACGGGUUCUUUUGCUCCCGACAAAGAGAUUCUCGAGGCGCUAAAAUCAAGUUCUAUUGGAAAUGAUGCUAAUUUUAAGCAGAUACAGAAGCUCUGCAUGCCUUUCAUAAAGUUUAAGAAGGACGAGACGAAGGAAGUGGGUGUUCGCGCUUUAGAUUUGAAGCUACCGUUUGGCGAAAUCGAGGUUCUCAAGGAGAAUGUCGACGUGAUAAAGAGGCAGUUGGGUCUCGAGCACGUGGAAGUUUUAUGCGCAACGGACGAUUCCGAUCGCAGUAAAUCCGGACCGCACAUCUCGUUGCUGACGCAGAAUCCGCUGUCUCCUGGUAAUCCGGUUGCCAUUUUCCUCAGCAAAGCAGAAUUUUCGGCAACCGGAUACUAGAAGAGAAUGAGAUGCUGUGGUAGUUUUUGAAGUGUUUUAUGUUGCUUAGAACUUAGAUUUGCUAUUCCUCAUAGAAACCAAAUUUUGUUGGUAACUUUUAUCAAUUUGAGUUGCUUGAGAUUUAAUAUUUAUAUGGCCAGCUUUAAUUUCAUGA